AUGCAACGCGACCAUUCAAUAUUGAAGUGGGGGAAAGUCCGGAACCGUCCUAACAACACUUUCAUUUUCGCUUUUUACGCUGAGUAACUGCGGGCUUCGUCCCGAGUCUGGUUCCUGGCAUCGAAUUACAAAAUAAAAAGAGAGCUUGUUAUUCUUUAUCUCGGUGGGGCAGAAGUUUAAACACGCCAACACACGUAACCGAGUAACAGAGACGACAUGGCCUCUCUGGAUAUCCGUCUGGACUCGAAGAAACAGGUGGAUGACUUCUGCCAAAAGCUCACCAAGGAGGCAGAAGACUUGGUGUCCAAAUGUUUCCCUCAGAAGAUUGAAGAGCUGCAGUUGCUGCUGAAGACAUCUUUCAGCUGCGAUAACCUGGCAUCCCUGAAGGCUCCGCUGGACAUCCCGAUACCUGACCCGGCCAAAGAGGAGGCCAAGCGCAAGAAGAAAGAGGAGAAGGAGGCGAAGGAAGGAAAGAAAGACAAGGACGGCGAUAAAGAGGACGAAGAUUCAGGGCCUCCUUGUGGUCCCAUCUGCACCAAUGAGCACGUGGAGAGUCUACUGCAGGAGGUGAAGCCUCAGAUCCAGACACUGAAGGAGAAGCUCAACACGGUGUCAAUGUGGGUGCAACUCCAAAUCCCUAAAAUUGAAGACGGCAACAACUUUGGAGUGGCGAUCCAGGAGAAAGUGUUCGAGCUGCUGACCAACACGCGCACAAAGAUCGAGGGGUUCCAAACCCAGAUUUCAAAAUAUUACAGUGAGAGAGGUGACGCUGUGGCCAAAGCCUCCAAACAAUCCCACGUGGGAGACUACAGACAGCUGGUUCAUGAGCUGGACCAGUAUCAGUACUGCGAGCUCCGCCUUGUGAUCUUGGACAUCUGCAGCACAUACGCUGUGCUGUUUGACGUCAUUACCAAGAACUAUGAGAAGAUCAAGAGGCCCAGAGGAGAAGGCAAGGCUCUCAUCUACUGAGACUCCAGCAGGCUUACAGGAUCCAGCUAUCGUAGUAUGACACUCAAGUAACAAAACACCAGCUCUAACAUGUGUGGAUUCAUUUUGGUUCAAAUGACACAAUAAAGCAACUUCACUCCGA